GGAUAUAUAAGAAUUACCUGGGAAUGUUGCUACGCCCAGCAGACGGCAGCUAAAAGUAGAGAGGAGGCUGCAUGCUCUGGUGGCUCCUCAUUUACAGGUGACAAACUGCUCGACAUCGGCAGUGACAGGUAUUCUACAUAGUCGUCUGCUGCCGGUCUCGUCUGUGUCUCCAGUUUUUCGUUCUUUAUAGCUGCAUGCCUACAUACAUAAAUAAUUUAUCAGAUAAGGCAUCAAGAUGCUGCGAUCCCUGUAUGCCUAUAAGGGAACACAUGCCCGCACUCUUGGAUUCCACGUGGGCGAGAAGUUUCUUGAAAUUGGCCCCUCCAGGGACCCAAACUGGAUACAUGUUAUUAGUGAAAGAGGUUCAGUAGGUUAUGUUCCCAAGAAUUAUAUGGCUGAUGAAGAGGCUCCCCCAGUUGAGAUGUUGGAAUUCAUUGACGGAUGUAUUGAAGCCACACAUUUGAAUGCAAGUGAACGUGGUGGGCAUUAUGCCCGGAGUGAGCAUGAUGCUCUCCAUAAGUUAGUAGAAUUGCGUCAACAGUGGUAUGCCAAAUGCCCACCAUCAGUUCAUCCUAAUAAACGGCCUGCUCCACCUCCACCACAACGCACAACUUCUCAGCUAAGUGUAGACAGUCUUUCAAGUCAAACCACUGUUGGCAGCCUUCCUUCUCCUAGUUUGCCAGGACAACCACGAAUACCCUCACUUUCAGCAAGUGUAUCUUCAGCUAGCCUAGGCCCUCCACUCAGAGAUGAGCCACAAACUGAAAGUGUUGCAGAAACAGUAACCAGCUUCAUGAGUCGAGGAGAAUCUUUAGCACAUGAUGAGAGCAGUGGCAGCAGUGAAGGCCACGACACCAGUAUCGGUUAUGAAUCAGAAAUGCGAAGUGAUGUUGAUUCUGGAAUACAGGCCAGCAUAAAAUUACUACUGUCACAAGUUCCUGAUGAUUACCUUAGAACUCUGGUUGAAGAGGUUCGUAGCAGCACUAGCAUCAGCUACACAACUAGUCACCAGGUUGUAGAAGUUGUCCUCAACUCACUUGGUACAGUUUUACCAGUUCUUCAUCCUCUCUGUUCACACAUUUUAAAUAAUAAAGGAGUAAGAAUGAAAGGAUUGUUCAAUGCUGCCAGAGACCGUCUCACAUUAUUUCUCAACAGCAGUGCCCUGAUAGAUCAUAAGUGUAAAUCAGAGUUCAUAUACUGCUCUGAAAAUUCCUGUGCCAUAAAGGGUGAGAAGAACUUUAUAUCUGUUUUAUGGCAGUUCAGUAAGCAAGUGUUUGGUGCUGUAUGCCAGAUGUCAGCAGCAAACAUAUCUUACCUCUCUGCUUCAAUAUUUCCAGUUGAACUUGCAAGAGAAAUGCUUGAUAGCACAUGCAGUGAAGAUCAGUUGCAGUAUACUUCUCUAGUCCUGGGAAUGGUGCUGUGUAUGGGCGACACACUACCUUAUACCCAUUAUUGUGUAAUGAAUGAAAAAUUUAUGUACAUGUUAUUGGAUGGAAUAGAGAAGUACAGUGAAGAUCCUGACACUGAGCAGCUGGCUGAGCUCUUCCUAACUUUGGUCUUAGCCUUCAACUUACAAUAUCCCACCCUGCUACCAACUGUUCAACUUCGCACAAAAUCUUCCAAUACUCCUGUAGAUGAUAGCCGAAUGGUUGGAAUGCCUGAACAAGAUAUAGCAAAUAUCAGUGGUUACGAUAUUAUGGAAAAUGGCAACAUCCCAGGAGCAGACAUGGAAAAUAUGGUGAUUAAACUCUUGUCACAGAGAGAGAGCACUAAAUACUUCACAGAAAAACUACUACUACUAUUUAAUAGAGAAGAGGACCCAUUAGCCAUGUUUGAUCAUGAGCCACAACCCCCAAACUCCGUGCUUAAGAUGAUGCGAGAUAUGUAUUCUACUCGAGCCACAGCAUCUAUAUUUUACACCAAUGAUGAAAGGGUUGUGUGUGAUAUAAUUAUUCGGCAACUGACAGACCUUCCAGCAGAUGAUAAGCGGCGCAAUGAGUACUUGCACCUCUUAGAGGGUGUCAUUGUGAUGGGAGGGUGGACAGACCAUCAGCACCGCAGGGAAGAGGUUUGUGUCUGCUGCUCCAAUAUUCUUGCUGAGGAAGAGCCAGCAGCACUAGAAGAUCAGAAGAUAAUUAGACGUCUUAUGGAAAGUUAUCAACAAUAUUUCGAUCUUUAGAUGGGCUUAUAUCUCUUAUUUGAAAUAUGCAAUAUUAGUGCUUUUGGCCAUAAGGUAGAAAAGAACAAAGUAAAUGUAGCAUUAAUAUAAAUAGUAAGAUAAACAUAUCACAUUGUAUCAGAAAUACCUGUUUCAUUUAUAAGUUGCUUCAGAAACAUUAAGAGCAAGCAGCAAAUUAAAGUAUGGUAACCAAAUGUAAGUGUAUUGUGCUACUAAUAUGGAAGAAAAUGUUUACAACAGUGGAAGAAUUUUAAUGCAUUUAUCCCUUAUGUUACUGUUUGUUAUGUUAAGAAAUAUUUAGUUGAAUCACUAGAUUGAUUGUGACGAAAAUCUGAUGAAUUAAUUCCCUGGAUAACCACAUGUAUCAGUGUGGUAACAAUGUACUGUACAGGGUAUCUCAUACUAAAGUAAAUCAGUGUGACAUUUUUGAAGCAGGUUAAGUAAUGAUGUGGUGUAUUAUUAUUAAUCCUUAUAUAUAUAAUGGUGUCUUUUCUGUCUCAUAAACAUGCAGGAUUUCAGGUACAUCUUGCUGCUUCUACUUACACUCAGGUCACACUACACAUACAUGUACAAGCAUAUAUAUACACACCCCUCUGGGUUUUCUUCUAUUUUUUACUAGUUCUUGUUCUUGUUUAUUUUCUCUUAUCUCCAUGGGGAAGUGGAACAGAAUUCUUCCUCCAUAAGCCAUGUGUGUUGUAAGAGGCGACUAAAAUACCAGGAGCAAGGGGCUAGUAACCCCUUCUCCUGUAUACAUUACUAAAGUUAAAAAGAUAAACUUUUUUCCUUUAUGGGUCACCCUACCUCUGUGAGAUAUGGCCGGCUUCUUGAAAGAAGAAGAUAUAUAUAAUGGACACCCUCUUGACCCUUUGACUGUUUCGGCCGUAUAUAUACAUCUUACGAGCAGGUGUUUCGGACGUAUAUACAUGUAUACACCUUAUGAGCCAGUGUUUCGGACGUAUAUAUACAUACUCAAUAAUUCUAGCGGCAUCAAAUCAAGCAGGAGAAAGCUGGUAGGCCCACAUGUGAGAGAAUGGGUCUGUGUGGUCAGUGUGCACUGUAUAAAAAAAUCCUGCAGCACACAGUGCAUAAUGAGAGAAAAAAAACUCUGACCAUGUUUUUGGAUUAAAAUGCCGACUUUGAGGUGUAUUUUCCUUUAGUAUUUAUGGUUGUAUUCUCGUUUUCUUGGUUUCAUUUGAUAGAAUGGAAAACAUGUUACAGAAAUAGAGAUGAUUUUGAUUAGUUUCAUGAAGAAAACGACCUUGAAAUUGAGUUCAAGUAGUGGAAAUGUUCGAUUUUUACCAGUGUUCAAGAGUAAGCAAAUCACACCACACAUCUAAUACACAUCAACUGGGGAGUCUAAUAUUCUUUCACUAGUGCACUGAUAUUAUUUAUACCAUUUUUACAAAAAUGCAGUAGUCUGCAUAAAAGUAAAUCUUCUAUUUUUUUGUGUGAAUAAAAAAUUAAAAUAGGAAGCAAGAGUAAUAUAAGAGGGGCCUGUAGACAUGACUAAGGAGCAGAGGAUAUGUUGUUUUAGUGCCAAGAAUGUCUGCAUUGUUUAUUCUGGACCCUAUUUUGAAAUUGGCAUCUAUUUUAAUUUGUGUGAAAUUGGCCAAAUUACCAAUUUCUGACCACUUUAUUGGGUAGAGUUCUAAAGAAAUAGCUAUAAGUUUGGUCAACUGGAACAAUGGAAUUGGCCAAAAAUAGGGCUCAAAGUCGGCAAAAUCACCGAUGCAUGUAUAUCGCCAAGAUCGCUAACUUCGCGGGAGCGUAAUUCCAUAAAUUUUCUAUCGAAUUUCAUACUUUUGGUGUCAUUACCAUCGGGAAAAGAUUCUCUGUCAUUUCAUAAGAUUUUUUUUUUUUUUUUUUUUUUUUUUUUGACACCAGGAGACACUUCAGGAUUUGGGGUUGCGACAGUCAAAGGGUUAAUGACCUAGCUAGGGAUCGAAGGAAUGGUUCAGUAAGUGAAAAAUUUGUUCAGCAAGCCUCAUUUUUCCCAUAGAAGUCCAUAUUUUAACCUGAGAUGGGUUCUGGGACACUAAUAUUAUGCAUUUAAUCUCUUGAUUUUUUCAAUAAUUAAAUUUAAAAACAUAUACUCACUAGAGAUAGGUCUGUUGUUUAUUAGAGGCACAGUGGGGUUAUUAACCACAUUUUUGGAGUGCAUAACAAGAGAGACUGGUCUUGUCUAAGAGUGGAAUGAUAUACAGUAUUACCUUCCAUCACUCCUCCCUUCGCUAAAGACGAGUCCAUUGUUUAAUAGAGGCAUAGAGGUGAUGUAUUUCCCAUUGAAUGAGUGCAUGGCACAAAAAAUUGAAAAAUUAUCAAAAUAUUGAUAGAAGUAUCACAUCAUUUUUGUUAUUGUUGGGUUAGUAGAUUGAGAUGGCCCUUAGAUCAUCAGUUAUUGUUGAGGUGAUAAAUAGCAACAGUCUAAGGCUGUUUCAAUUUUCUAACACAAUAGUUGGCCUAGGAUCAGUCAUAACCCUUCAGCCAAACAAUAACUAAAACACAUUAUUAUACUUCACUUGAUAUAUUGAUAAUUUUUCACAUCUUAUUGUGUUAUGUACUCAUAAAAGGGAGGUAUGAAACUAGUAUGCCUCUAGUGAAUGCACCCCAUCUCGGGUGAGGGGUUGGAGAGAUGAUGGGAGAUGUGUGUUAUAUGACAUAGGUCCUCUUUCAAAGACAUAAUCAGAACCUGUCUCUUAUGAAGUGAUAAACAAUUUAUGCAGUAGAUCCUCUAAAAAAUACAGAGGUUAUGUUCUUGAAAAGUGGCAUGUUAUACAAAAUUGUGUUAAGCAAAUUGAAGAACAUGUUGGAAAAAUUGUGUUAUGCUUAGAACCUCCAUAUAAGCCCAACAAUAUUUUUAAAUUCCAUAUUUCAUCAAAAAUAUUGAAAGUUUGACAACUUACAUUUUAUAAGUUGAUUGUUGACUUAUAAAUUUAAUACACAUUCUUACCAGUAUAAAAUAAGCUAAAUAACAACAAGAAAGACUUAUCCUAUACUAAAUUUUUUUUGUCUUCCCUGUGGAUGUAGAAGUGCUUAGAGAUAGUUAUGCAGCUCUGUUGAGCAGUAGAUGGCUGUGAGUCACUUGCUUUAUUAGCUGACUCCCCUCUUACAUUUUACUAUAUAAUUUUCUUGUCAUGCAAGAUUUCAGGUAUGUCUUGCUACUUCUACUUGCACUUAGGUCACACUACACAUACAUGUACAUGCAUAUAUAUACAUACCCCUCUAGGUUUUCUUCAAUUUUCUUACUAGUUCUUGUUUAUUUCCUCUCAUCUCCAUGGGGAAGUGGAACAGAAUUCUUCCUCCCUAAGCCAUGAGUGCCAUAAGAGGAAACUAAAAUGGAGGGAGCAAGGGGCUAGUAACCCCUUCUGUAUAAAUUACUAAAUUUAAAAAGAGAAACUUUCGUUUUUCUUUUUGGGCCACCCUGCCUUGGUGGGAUAUGGCCGGUUUGUUGAAAGAAGAACAGUGACAAAGAAGAAUUUUAUUCAGCCUUAAAUUCCUUGCUCUCCUAUUUGUUAAUGAAAUGUUUGGAGAUGGUUAUAAUACUAUUGAGCAGUAGAUGGGUGUGGGUCAUGUUUGUUUUAUGAAUCGAUAGCAGUAAAUAAGCAAGUUUAUUUAGGCACAGGUACACAUACCACUUAUCAUACAUAGUGUAAAUUACCUAGGAUAACCCAAAAAAGUGACUUAUUUCCAUUGGGGGCUGUGGGUUGGUCAUCUGUUGAGGUUAAAAGGGCUACUACUGCAUAAACUCUAUUGAGCCAAAGGAAGCAACUGACAUUCUCUAGGCAAUAUAAAUCUCUGAAUAGAAAAGUUUUCAUGCAUGAGUCAGUUUUUUUAAAACUUUAUGGUGCCCUAUUCAAGUUUUAAGGUGUGCUUUACAAAUUUAUUCUGCAAUUUUUCACUUACGAUAUAAAUAAUGUUGUUCAAGUGCAUUUUAUUUGAGGGUCUAUUGUAUAUUAACAUUAUCUUGACUUAAUUCACAUUUUAACUGAUGAUGCACAGUAUGUGAAAACUGUAUGUUCACUGCUGAUGCAAGAAACAGCUUAUUUAGUCCUAUCUCUGGAGACUUGUGAGGUGAUAAGCCAUAUAUUUGGUUGUUAUACAAGGAAGCCGUUGCUAUUUGUAAGGGCAGAUGGCCUGGCACGCUGUUUGAUAUUAUGUUUUGCAAACAGUUGGUAAGUGGGGAAUCACUACCUUUAACUUGUGCCAAUUGUAUAUUAAAGUCUUAAUUAUUAAGCCAGGGACAAAACUUUAUGUAAUUAUUAACAUCUCUAGAGAUUUGUAUGCAGAAUGUACCUUAGUUUUAUACCCAAGAAAGUUGUACCCUAAUAGAAGUAUGAUACAGUACAUUCAAGGUACUAAUUGUCAGCAUAAAUCAUUGAAGACUGUUUUUCAGUAUCUGAGUACUGUAUUCUUUAAAAAGUACUUGUAUUAUUACUGUAUGAAUUGCAUAUAGUACUGAAUUUAGGAGAAAUUAUCUCUUGCAAUUGUGCCAAAGGUGUUUCUGAAUAUACUUUAAGGGUCUGAUUACUCUGAUAUUGCAUAUACAAUAAAUCUCCUAACAAUCUCAGAUAGCAUUAGGAUCAAUUCAGAAUUUAAUAUCACUGUCUUCGACUCCAAAGUUGCCACAAAUCUUUGUUAUGCCAUUAGUAAUACCUUAGAUAGGAAGAGAGUAUAAUUUUAGGUCAGGAUAGUUUCUUCAUUAUUUAACAAAAGUAUUGAAGGAGAUUUGGAUAUGUCCAUAAUCAGAACGUUUUGAAUAGCUGUCAGCCUUUCAAAGCUCUUGCCUUAUGGUGACAAUAAUCAUAAUCCAUUCAGUUUUGGCUUUAAAGUUACAUUUCUCAUUAAAUGUUAGUCUUGCUAAAUUAUAAAUAUUGGGGUUGUUAUUUUGUGAAGUAAUAUGAAUGCGCAAGAGAUAAUAGAAAAAAUAUCAACCAAAAUGCUUACCUGGAAACUAAGUUCUCCAACAAAAUGGUACAUAAUGGGAAGUGAAAAAUAGUAAUAAUGCAGCAUAUAAAUAUGAUAUUUAUCUCAGGAAAAUGAUCUUUAAGGAAGGGAAAUUUAGUGGGGACAUUGCCUAUAAGUUAAAGGUUGUCACUUUUUUAAGAUUAGAGUUAUUCAAGGUUUGUCCACUGUAAAUGUAACAGCAAUUUACACAAAAUUUAUGGUAUGCUAUGUGGGUUUUAACCAGAAUUCAGCAUACAUUGUCAAUGAUAUUCUUGUACUACUUACUUGUUUGAGUAGGAAUAUAGAAAACUUGCUAUUUUCAACUAUAUUGGUAACAAACUGCAUUUAAAGUAUCCUAAAUAAUGUACUUUAAUUAUAACUACUAAGAAAACAUUAAAUUUUUUUUUAAUUAGAAAUCAUUGCUCUUUAUAAAGUAGCUGAUAUUUUUUUUAAGGAAUAUACAUAACUGUUUUAGGGAGAUUACAUUAUUACAGCUACCAUGGCACAGCAUAUUUUCUAUGCCUGUGAAAUGGAUGUCAGGUGCCUAUUGUCCUUAUGGAAAAACAAGAUUUUAUUUGCAUUAGGUAAUUUUCAUAGUGGGCUAUUGGUGCAACAGUUAAAAGUGUCAUAGAUAAGCAAUGAUCUUUAAGACAUAUAGAUAUACAAAAUAUACAUCAGAAAGCAGAAUAGCUGUACUGUAUAUAUAUUUUAUAAAGGCUAUUUUGAAUGAAAAUUUUAAAAUCUUUUCUAGUGUAUGUAAUACAAUAUUAACCCUUAAAUGGUCCAAACGUAUAUAUACGUUUUUUCAACAUCUGAAAGUAUGUAAAAAAAUGUAGAUCUUCUUUUUUGCUUUACAUUUGAAAACGUGCAAAAAAAGCUUUUAUCUACAUUUUUUUUUUUUUUUUGUUAUAUUUGAAAUUUUUUUUUUUUUUUUUUUCAACAAGUCGGUCGUCUCCCACCGAGGCAGGGUGACCCAAAAAAGAAAGAAAAUCCCCAAAAAGAAAAUACUUUCAUCAUCAUUCAACACUUUCACCACACUCACACAUUAUCACUGCUUUUGCAGAGGUGCUCAGAAUAUAACAGUUUAGAAGCAUAUACAUAUAAAGAUACACAACAUAUCCCUCCAAACUGCCAAUAUCCCAAACCCCUCCUUUAAAGUGCAGGCAUUGUACUUCCCAUUUCCAGGACUCAAGUCCGACUAUUUGAAAAUAUGUAAAAAAAAAUAGAUCUACUUUUGUAGCACUAUGAAUUUGAACUUCGAUCUGUUUGGACCAUUUAAGGGUUAAUAUUGAUGCUUUGGGGGUUUAUUACUUUUUGUAGUGUAAGUAGAAAUAUUUUGAAUAUAAACCCAAUAAAAAAAUUGAAAAUUAUAAAUAAAUAUUAAUUUGCAAAUACAGUAAUAGUGAUAAAUAAGAAUUUUUGUGCCUAUGAUCCUCUGGUGAGAGUGAGUUUGCAAAGGUCUCAUGUAGCAGAACUUCACUGUUUCAAACAAAAUAGGUACAUUUUUAGAAUUGAGAGAGUUACGAAUCAACUAGUUAUGCCAGAGUAUCAGGGAUUUUAGCAGUAACAAAAGUCAGGAAUUUUUGUACAUUUCCCAGUCUUGUACAAGCCACUAAAUUCAUUUUUUGCUUCAGUUAUAGGUUCAGUGAUGCCUGUCCUCAGGUCCCUUUCCUUCUAAUUCUAGAAGCUGCUAACUUCUCUGGUACAGUAGUAUGAUUUCAUCUUUAUUACCGUACAUUGGCUAGGAUUGAACUCUAGCAACUAUUUGUUGGACAGUUCCUGUACCUUGUUCAAGUUCUCCUGUGCAGUUUCUUGUAGUCUUCUUCUGGACUUAUUCUCUUUAUUACUUUCAUGUUAUCUGCUAACAGCAUGAAAGAUUCUGUCUUCCCAGGUAGGAUAUUAUCAUAUGCAUUGUCAAGAAUAGUAUGAUGGAUCCAGUGACUGGCCCUUGAGGGUUCCACUUGUUACUUCUCUCUACAGUAUUUUCUUGUUAGGUACUGUAUUUCCUUAUCCAGUAGAGUGUCUUCUUGGACCCUCCAACCUGUAUUUAUGUUUUGUAAGUUAUCCACCUGAAGGGUGCUUUGUCAAUAUCUGGCACUCAAACAAUGUGCAGUCCACCUGGCCUUUGCUUCCCUGCUUGAUUUUACUUGACUGUACUCAUGUAAUUACAUUUGUAUGGAUCAUCCUCCAUUUACUUGACCUGACCUUCACUAGUAAUCAUCUGAUCAUAAUAUGUUAAUUCAUGUUAAGUAAAAGGACACAUAUGCAACUAAUGUGACAUUGUAUUGUGACAACGUUUCGCUCUCCAGGAGCUUCAUCAAGCCGUUACAAACAGUACACAGACACAGAGGGUAUAUAUAGGCUCAGAGUGAGGUGUAAUACUAGUGGUAGUAGUAGUAAUGAUAUUAGUUGUAGUAGUAGUAAUGAUAUUAGUUGUAGUAGUAGUAAUACAACAUUGUUGUAUUAUUGCUACAAAGCUCCUGGAGAGCAAAACAUUGCCACAAUAAAAUGUCACAUUAGUUGCAUUUCUGCCCUUUUACUUAACAUAUUGUUGGUAAUUCUACCAAUAUUAAUGUUAAUGCAUGUAUAGAAUUUGCCUCCAUAACUGUUUCUUGCUUAAAAAGUUCCUUACAUCAUUUUGGUCCAUUUUAUUGUUGAAUUUACAUCUGUGCUCCCUCUCUCUCUGAUCCCAAACUUUUUGAAUACAUUGUCUGUAUCCUGUGAGUAUCUUUUCUUGGUGUGAUCAUGUUUUCUUUAAUCUUUCAUUCUUUUGAAAUUGUGAUUGUACCUUUGCUACACACAUCAGAUCACAGUAUUUGUGUAUGCAUAUAGUUUCAAAUUAGAGAGUGCAUGGGGAAGGUUUGUUGUGUCACUUUAAAUUUUAGUGUUUCAAAAAUUAUUUUAGGUGAAACAAGAUUUUUAUUUGAAACAGUGAAAUUCUAUGGUGAUAAAGGAUUUACAUAUUUAAAUUUACAAAAUUCUAGUAGAAUUAGGGAAAGUAGUAGGAAAAGGUCAUCAAAGAGAAAUAAUAGAAGAGAAUUUGAGUUUGAAUGUAUAUGGCAAUCUUUUCUUGAGAUUUAUGCAACAUAUUCUACAAAUUUUGUAAUUAUUGUAAUUGGUACAGUGAAGUUAUCAGAAAUGCUUAAAGAAAAAUUCUUUUUAUGCUAUUCCCAGAUGUGUUUUUGUGUUUUGUUAAUUGUAUAUUAAUUAUUUAUUGAAUGGAAAAUGACUUACACUUAAGAGUACAGUAUUUAUUUCUAAGUUUUAUUAUAAUUUUCAUAUAUUUAUGUGUAAAAUAUUGAGGAAUUUCCUUAGGAAUGAGUACAUAUUUGUAAAGUCUAAACAAAUUUAUAAUUGUCUGUUUUUUAAAUGUUUCAUCUGUAUCAUUGAUGACAUAGUUUUAGGCAAUGAGAGCAAGCUUGGGCUGGUGGUAUUCAACAUUACAUCUUAAACAGAAUCAUUUCCCUGGAGGCAAAACUUUCAUGAAACUGAACUCAGUGAUUCCAGAUAAAGAAUGCAUGUGUUUGUUGAAUUUAAACACAAGGUAGAUAAUGUAUUAAUAAUAGUAGAACUUUAUGUGAAAAUUCAUGGAAAAUAAGGUGAGAAUUUCAUUGACUUUUUCCAUGAAUUUAACUUUACAUUGUAUUUUGCAGUUACUGUACUAAAAAUAUAACAAAGCAAAACUUUACAACUUUGCUUCUAUCCCAUGAACCAUAAAUACAAAACAUGUUUACUCAUAAUCAUAUCUAAGUUUACGGUUUUGUACAGUAGUACAGUAUCUGUUGUUUCGUCUCUGUAAAUACUAUACAUAUAUUAAUUUCAGUAUUAUUUUGUAGUAUCAUUGCUCAUUAAUAGUAAUUUUUGUCAUAGAAAUCAUACAUUUAUCCACAAUUUUACCAUAUUUAUACAUAGAAGUGGAAUGACUGGAAGAGAGUUUUGCAAGCAAACAAGUUUUGUGAAGAGAGCAAAUUGAUGUAUCUUUUCUGUAUGAAGAGGAUUAUAGUAUUAUGAUUGGUCACUAUAUUCUUCCUUUUUAUAUUCAGAUUUUAUUCAGAAAGUGUAAAAUUUUCUGACACUUGUAAUUGCACACUUUUAGCUGGAGAGUGUUGAAACUUUUGAAUUGAGCUAACUCUUAUUGCCUAGAAGAUGACAUCAUUUGUAGAAGUAGUUAUUGUAAUAAAAAUGAAUAUAUAUAUUAUAAAAAAUAUUGCUAAUGUUUAUUGUGAAUAUACAGUAGAGUAGGGGCCCUGACUUACAAAGCUCUGGCAUACAAAAUUGGCACCUUAGAACGAAUUAAUUGCUUACAAUGGUGAUCUACAUUUACAAUCUUUACAGACAUUCAAACAGAUUAUUUUAAAUAAACAUUUUUCUUAACAGUCUUUUACCAGAUGCAUUGCUACUUUGUGUACAUUCAAUUUAUGGAUAUAUAGAGAGCUCCCAUUUGUUUGUUAGAGCUUGUCAAAGAACCAUAGAUUUAAUAGUCAUGAUUUUCUUAAAGCAGAAUUAUUAUUUUUAUUUGUUAGUUUUUACCAAAUACAUUCAUACUUGGUGAAUCUUCAUUUCUUGCAUAUACAGAUAACUCGCAUUUGUUUAUUAAAAAACUGUUGAUGCAGUAAUUGUAUUUUUUGGGCAGCCUGUAUUAGUGUUUACUCCCACAUACUGAACAUGUUCAGUGAGCCAAACAUAGGACCUCAUGCCGCACUACACAGUUAUACUUACCACUUCCUUUCUGCAUCUAGUAUUAAGUCUGUGAGUUCUGUUGCAGCUAUCAAGAAAGAGGCUCAGAACAGGAUUGAUAUUAGAAUUGAUUAUCUUGCAAAUGUAGUAUGCACAGUAGUAUGGGUGAAUUUUAUGUACAUAUUAAGUAAGUUUAGAUUUUUGAAAAGUGGGGAAAUGUGUGUCUGGCACUAGACCGGGUGAUCAUUCAUACAGUUGCUUUUUGUUGUGUUAUUAUUGGCUAGCGUGCGUGAGCGUGUUAGAUAGGAGUGAAUGGAGACGAAUGGUACUUGGGACCUGACGAUCUGUUGGAGUGUGAGCAGGGUAAUAUUUAGUGAAGGGAUUUCAGGGAAACCGGUUAUUUUCAUAUAGUCGGACUUGAGUCCUGGAAAUGGGAAGUACAAUGCCUGCACUUUAAAGGAGAGGUUUGGGAUAUUGGCAGUUUGGAGGGAUAUGCUGUGUAUCUUUAUAUGUGUAUGCUUCUAAACUGUUGUAUUCUGAGCACCUCUGCAAAAACAGUGAUAAUGUGCGAGUGUGGUGAAAGUGUUGAAUGAUGAUGAAAGUAUUCUCUUUUUGGGGAUUUUCUUUCUUUUUUGGGUCACCCUGCCUCGGUGGGAGACGGCCGACUUGUUGAAAAAAAAAAAAAAUUAUUGGCUAUAUUGUAGUAUACCCCCAU